AUGGCGGCAGGUGCAGAAACGGCGGAGGACUUACGGCAAAUGAGAGAGUCAGGCUGGCCGACUAGCUUGCGUACGGGAAGUGAGGCUGAAAGCAGACAGAGCGUUGAUGCAACGUUUCAGACCCAAGCAAGCAAUGUUCAACAAGGUUCAGGCAAUGUUAUGAACAUACAUCAUCAUUAUGAACGUUACCACGACACUGAAAACGAACCUACAAGUGGACAGGUUGAUGAAAGGGAAGAUGGGACCGCAGUAGUCGACGAACAACGCACAGAUGCUGCUUCAACAACGCUGAGAGACAUUGGCGUUUUUAUUAUGGCUGCAAGUGUUAUAUUUGCAGUAGGAUUUGAAUUCUGGAGGAUGUAUAAUACUCCUCUCACGUCUUCUUCACUGCCCUUCAAUACUCCGCACUUUAUUGGGAGAGAUUGUGAAGUUUCAAACAUCAGCCAACUGUUGUCAUUUAGGGGAAUAACAGGAACUGAUGAGAAUCCUAACCUUGUCAACAUUGUUGGAGCUCCAGGAUUUGGAAAAUCGACUCUUGCAAUUGCUGUUGGAAAUGAGUUACUGAAACAUGGUAUACACGUGUACUAUGUCAAUGUCAAUGGUGUAAAAUCGUCACAUGAUGCAACUACCACCAUAUUAGCAACUGUUACUGACAAAUUGGAUGUAAUCAAUGAUAGAAACUAUGUGCGUUGGGCGAGAAGCGUUCACCGUAAAACCUUGCUCAUUUUAGACAAUUGUGAUAAAUUGCUGCAAGAUGAAAAUGUUAGAAAUGCUUUCCUAAAAGUUCUUACUGAAAUCUUGUUGAUGAGUCACAGCUUAAGACUGUUGACAACGGCGCGUUAUGACUACACUAUCUUGGACGUGGAAACGGUUUCAUUUCUAGUUGAACCACUUUCUCCAAAGUCUGCAACACAACUUCUUUUAAAUAUGUCACCGCAUACGAACUCACUGGCUGCUGCUAAACUUGCAAACCUGACUGGUAGAGCAGCUUUGGCAAUGAAAAUAGUAGGAGCUUUGUUGAAGGAAGGAGAAAGUGAAGAGCAAUUAGCAAAAGAACUGUCGAACAGUCCAAUUGAAACUCUUAGUCCACAAGAGUUCCAACCAGAGGCUCAAAUUAAAGUAGUCAUUGCUUCUUCGUUUCGUCGCCUUUCCAGCUCAUUUAAUCAAUGCAUAGCCAUUUUGGCUCAGAUGCCCGGAUCGUUUGACGAAAGUGCGGCUGCUGCAGUUCUUAACAUGAACACGCCUUCAGCUCGAAAGCUAUGCCUCAAACCAAUUACAAGACGAUGUUUGCUGGAAUUUGAUGAUAACAGUAAGAGAUAUCACAUACAUAAAUUGAUCAAUGCUUUUGUAAAAAAAGAAGUUCGUACACAUGUUGUUAGCCAUCUUGUUAGAGAUCGAUUAUUUCGUUAUUACUUUAAACGACUUAUUGAUCUGGCGGCAAAAUACGACGAAAAUCCAAGAGACGUGCUACGAAUCUACGAUCGUGACCAACGUAACUUUUACUACGUUGUUCGGUAUCUUAUGGACCCAAAUUUUGCUGUUACCGCCAACGACCGUGUGCGCCAGAGUGUCGUGACGCUGUCAGAACAAGCAGCAAAUCUCUUCUUCAUUCGCUUGCCUGCUGGUCGACUUUUUCGUUGGUAUCGUGCUGCUCGUGAAUAUGCUGCUCGGCUAGAAUUAGACAAAAGCAAAGAAAAGUACUGCAACAUUGUCUAUUUACUCGUAAAAGCUGCAAUGAAGGAAGCAAACAGAAAUCACCACAACGUCACAGCUAUUUUAGAAGAAGAGGAACAUUUGGUCGCGCAGUGUAGCGAUGACAUACGAUUUCGAAUGAUUGAACGCAUUUGUUAA